AUGUCCUUUAAGGACAUACCAGAAGCUAGGAAGUGUAUGAAGUUAUAUUCUCUGGCUAACAAGAAAAGAUUGAAAUUGGAGAAGAAUGACCUAGAAAGACUUAGGUAUACUUGUGAUAUUGUUGGUUGUCCCUUUGUGUGCUUAAUAGCAAAAGAAAAGUUUGGUGGGGUUAAAAUCAAGACUUUAUCUUCUGAACAUGAUUGUGGCACUGCAUUUGAUAACAAGACUGUUGAUUUUAGUACCAUUGCACAAUAUUUCAAUAAGAAGUUACAAGAUAAUCCUAAGUACAAGGUUAGGGAGAUGAUGUUAGAUUUGAAGAGAAACUUUGAGCUAAAUGUUAGUCAUGGGAAGUGCAAGAGGGCAAAGAGGAUGGUAUUGGAGUCACUAGAUGGUAGUUUUUCAGAUGAGUACAAUAAACUAGAGGCUUAUGCCAAUGAAUUGAGGGAAAGUAACCCUGGUAGUGAUGUGGUUGUUACACUUUCAAAGAGUGCACUUGAAGAAGGAAGAAGAAGGUUCUUGAGAAUGUAUGUGUGCUUUCAUGCUUUGAAGAUGGGUUUCAAUCUAGGAUUGAGACCUUUUAUUGGUUUGGAUGGUACCUUUUUGAAGGGCAAAGCCAAAGGCCAGCUGUUAGUAGCAGUUGGACAGGAUUCACAUAAUCAUUUUUACCCUUUGGCAUGGGCAGUUGUUGAUAAGGAGAACAAAAAUACUUGGAAUUGGUUCCUACAGCUUCUGCAAUCUUCUUUGGACCUCAAGGAAGGGGAAGGAAUCACCUGCAUGUCAGAUAUGCAAAAGGUGAAGUUUUCUGAAAUUUCUAAUCUGGACUGCUUGAUGCAGUCAAAACAGUCCUUCCUCAGGCACACCACAGGUACUGUGUUAAGACAUAUUGAGUCUAACUGGUGCAAACAGUUCAACACUAGGGAAAACAAGAAGCUUUUAUGGUGGUGUGCAUGGUGCACAUAUGCAGAAGAUUUCAAGGAUCAGCUAGGAAAAUUAGGUGACUUGAACAAAGAUGCUGCAGAGGCUUUGUUGAGGUACCCACCCCAGUCCUAG